UCUCCAGGUUGUCUUGUUUCUAACCUGAAGGAUGCUGUGCACAAUGAUGACAUCAUCAGAGGCCCUUCUGUUGCUAUUGCUGGUUUCAACCACAUCUGGAAAAACCACAGAGAAUAUGGACGAUUCUGAUUCCACAUGUGACAGCUGCCAAUCAAACGAGCUCUGCAUUAGAAACACCCAGGAACAGACCUGGCAGUGUGGGAGAUAUGCCCCAGAGCUGGUGUGUGGGAGGAGCUACCUGGAGGUGGGUCUCCUCAACUCUCAGCUGUUAUCCAACGGUCUGGACCCCUCCUCUGCUCACCUGGCCGACCCCCGCUGCUCCGCCCACCAGGAGCGUGACGGGAGGGCGUGGUACCAGGUGGAGCGCAGGGAGGGCAGCUGUGGAAACACUCUGACGGCAAACACCACCCACGCCAUCUACUCCAACACUCUGUUCCUCUACGCUGUGGGCCAAAACAGGGUCAGCACCCCUAUCGAUGUUCCAUUCAGCUGCGUCUAUCCCAUGAACACCCACGCCAGCAUAGACCUGGCCGUCGUGCCCCGCAUGCCGAUGAAUGGAAUCGGAAUUGUAGCAGUUGGUCCCAAGGCCAGGGCCUCCAUGUCCCUGUUCCCCAACUCCAGCUACACAGCUCCUUACCCAGCAGGCCCGGUCACUCUGCCCCUGGGCUCCGUCCUGCAUGUGGGCGUGUCUGUUGAGGAGACGGAGAUUGGACGCUUUGUGGUCGUUCUGGAGGACUGCUACGCCACCCACUCCCCUGAUCCUAAUGACCUCCUGAAAUACCUCCUUAUCCAGCACAAGUGUCCUACUGACCGUCACCAGGUGACCGUGGAGGAGAGUGGCUUGUCCCUCCAGGCUCGCUUCUCUGCGCUGCUGUUCCUGUUCCAGGGGGACUACAGGGACGUCUACCUGCACUGCAGCCUCAACCUGUGUGACCAGAGGAACUCCUCCUGCUCUCCUGUGUGCUCUAGAAGGACAGCCCGCUCUGUCUCUGAGUCCCUCCACCUCAAGCCCCUCACCAUCGGACCAAUCACCUGUGAGUAUGGGGUCCAGCCCCGCCUCCUGAUCUGUCAAUCAUGAUGAUGUCACAGUGAAGGUCUCUAAA